AUGCAAUCCCGCUCAAUCGCUGCCAUACGGUAUGUGGAUGCCAGUGAACUCUACCAGUGGAUGAAACAAGGUGUCACAAGUAUGGGGGAGCAAUUUCAGGUUAUAGAUGUUCGUGGAAGUGACUAUAUAGGUGGGCACAUUGCAAAGGGAUGGAAUUACCCUUACAAGCAACUACGUGACAAUGACGACGUGCUACAGGAUCUCGUAGAUAAACUUAAGGCAAAGGGCGAUGGGGUGAUCAAUUGCGUUUUCCACUGCGCAUUGUCACAGCAGCGUGGACCAUCGGCCGCAAUGCGGUUCUUGAGAUGUAUUUCAGAUGAGGACUUGUCACGAUUCCGCGUGUGGGUGCUCAGAGGAGGAUUUAAUCAUUGGCAAGGUGUUUAUGGGUCCGACCCAUCCGUCACGGAAGCAUACCGUGCAGAAAUUUGGAGUAUGUAG